AUGUCAUGCCUGGACGAACUAGCAGCCCUGGCAGAUGAGGACUUGCUUGACUUCAUCCUGAAGGCUGAUGCUUCCCACUCUGAUAGCCAAGGUGGGGAGGAGAUUGAUCUGCUGGAAAACUGGCACCCUCCAGAGCCUGAGUUCGUGGACAGGGAGAUGGAGGACUUCAUCAGCUGCAUGCUGAACCCCUUUGAAGAUGAACCAAACAUGCUGCAGGAUUAUUUGCCUGUUGAGAGUGACACCAGCAUUUCUGAGGAUCAGCAUCAGCCCCAUAGCUUUGACAGCAGCUUUGCUGGCAGCUCUCAGAGCUCAAACGUUUUGCAGAUUGAUCACAACUAUUCCCUCCAUGAGGAUAAGCUUGUGCUGGAAAGCGUGAGGUCUGAGAUGGCAGAAGGAGAGAUUUCCACUGACCUUGAGAAAGAGAUGGAUUGGGAAAGCACAAGCAAGGUACCUGAAGACAUUUGUGGUUUCCCCACUGCUGUUGCUGUGGAUGCAGAACCCUGGCUUGUGCCUGAAGCUGUUGCCUGGCCCCAAAUCCCAAAUCUGGUCCUGGCAGAGGAGGAGGGGCAAAGAGAUAACCUGAACAAAGAAGGUGUUUCAUUACCAACCUAUCUGCUACAGCCUACGGAGGUGCGGCUGUUCCUCUUCUUGGGAGCGGUCAGUCCCUCGCUGCAGGGGGUGAGGAGGGGAGCGGGCAGCUCUUGGUUCCGCAGCGGCAUUAACCUGCGUUGCCUGAAGGUCACUGCUCAAGCAGUUGAGGAAACUGCAGGCCUUGAAACGGUCAGAAGCAAGAACCGCUGCAAAAGCCGCCGCAGAAGAGUGCUCUGUGUGCUGCCAUGGCAGAUCCCUAAGUUCCCAAGCUAUGUACCACCUGAUGUGCCUGAGGAUGUUGUGCUGGGGGGAUUCAGCCCAGAUACUGAGGAUCCCUCACUGUCAGACAGCCUCGAUCAAUGAUGGGAAGAGGGGCAGGGUCCACCCAACCCCAAUCCCAGAUCUUCUUUCAGCAGCAACUCAUCCUUCAACCCUCUGGCAGCAGCAGGCUCUGAGCUUGGCCCUCCCCAGCCUCAGGACCAGUGCUUGCAGAGCUGCACUCUGCAGGCAGCAGUGCUGGCGACGUGGAAAGCCAAGAGGCAGGAGUGAGUGGAACGUCCUUCCGGAGUUGUCACCCAGCAGUACAGUGCCACUGAGAUGGGACCACUUCUGCUUCUUAGGGUGACACCAGGCACCCCGCCAGCCAGGGACAAAGAGAGCUGCAUUAACAGGUAG